UGAACGCACCGUUGAGUCCGUUGAAUGGUCAGGGACAGAAACUCUGCUGUGUUUUUUACCAUUUUUACACUAGUUUCUGUGCAGCCGUUGGCAGUCACUGUGGACGCUGAGAUGGGAGUACACUGCAGUACUUCUCCAAAGACCGUAGACUGUCUUUACGACACUGCCAGCCAUGCAGGCCUGGUUCCUGAUGCCUCCCUGGACGCCCCCUGGCCCCUCUGCUGUCCCUGAACUCCUCCUGGGCGCUGGAGCAGCAGUACUCCACCCUGCAGAGCCGUAUGACCCGGCAGCAGAGGUUUGCCUUCAACCGCGACCUCCACACCCUCUUUGGAGGAAAUGCCACGGUCAGUUAUGGGGCCGUGGGUGUUGUUGCACUUGCUCUCUCGGUCCUGUUUGAGAUGCUAGCCCAUCACCAGAUCGCCGGGUCGGGCUCGAGGAGCCCUGUGGCCAAAUCCCCACCCCAAGAUCCCAUACGCAGAAUUUUUGGGCCUGACGCCGGGUCGGACAUCAGCUCCAUUGCCAGCGAGUUUCUCAAACAGGUUCCUGGUGCAGCUGGGGACCAGGACAAGAUGGCAGCACUGCUGGAGAGCUCCGAGAGAAAGCUGCGAUCCGAGCUGACGGAUUUCUACGGGAGGAUGCUGUUACCGGAGAGCAGCGCCCUCAGCUCUGCCGGGGUCAAGCAAUGGCUGAACGGAGCUGCUCUCCAUGUACACAUCGUCCUCCACUGGAAGCGUCUGACCAGCCCAUCAGUAGCAGAGGACUUGAAUCUUGACUACCUUGACCGUGUUGACCCACUGCUCAAGACCUACAGAGCGUAUCUGGUCGAAUCGGUCAAAGUGUUCCCGGCCUUGCUGAUAGUGGAGCCUCUGAGAAAUGUAAGCCACGGGGUUUACCAUAGAGUCUGCGAACGUAAGGCCAUCCAGCAGACUCUGGUGGAGCGCUUCCUUUUGGACCAGAACCUGCAGAGGGGAAAGGAGUUUUUUCAGAGCUCCCGCCAGCACCAUGACGCUCUAAUAGCACAGCGAGGAAACUUUCAGCUGAGCACGGUUUGAGAGCGACGACUGAUUGAGGCUUUAGAGUGCUGCGGGGAUGACAGAUUUUUGAAGGACAAACCCCGGAAGUUAGCACAGAAAGUCGAUGGGUUUCUUUCAUCUGAUUUGAUAUUAUUGCAUAAAAUAAGCUCUGUGACAAACAGAAGUUUAUGAUAAUCAUAUGGUUUGUUCAACAAGAUAAUCUUCAAGAAGGAACACCACUUUUAUGAUUUUGAAACAUGAAUGUAAUCGGGAGAAGUAAAAACUAUAAAGGAAAUACACAACAAAGCUGUAAAGGCGUGCUGUCUUUUUGUAGUUUCUAUUAUCCACUUUUUAGCAACCACCUUUUUGAAGACACGUAAAAGCUUAAACAUUUACGAGAGAGGAUGUCUUGUCCUUUAUAUGGUAGAAAAAAACUUUCAAAUGUCUCAACCUUGUUUUGACCACAGACCCAAUUUCAGGCGUAUUACCAAAGACCCAUGACUUUAAUACGAGGGAACUGAAAGUGUAAAAAUGCUGACUCUUUUACGGGUUUUAGGACUCAUUCCUGCAGCAUUCGAUUAGAGUAAAUAAAAUGUAUGACCGGGUCCAAUGCAGGGCCUGGGUUGGGUCUCAGUUCCUCAGAACUCAGUGGACAUGUAUAGACCACCUUAGUCCAUUGAUAAUCGUGGUAAUGCCAAAAGCACCCUAUUUGAA